AUGUACGUCUCGAGGCGGCGCAGUGUAGCAGUGGCGGGCUGCCGGCGAAUAGGUGGAGUCAAUACGUUUUUUAACCGGCAUCGGUGGGGCAUUGACACCGUUGCCGGGGCACUGCCCGUUCUUGACAGUUCAAAUGUUUACAUCUCGAAGGAUCACUCGCUUCUCACUUCAACUGAUUCAGAUUCAUAUAACUCUUCAGAUGGGGAU